CGUUGGCGAUGUCGGAGGACGACGCCACGUUCGGUGAGCUGUUGGAUUUGUCUUUCGGGAACCCCCGCGCGGGCGUGGUCGACUUUGGCGCGCUGCACCGGCUGCUGCACGCGGUUCUGACCCACUUGGGAAUCGGCGAGUCCAGCACUGUCCGGCAGGCUCACCCGGACGUCCUGGGCCGAAUCCGGGCCUGCGAGGACGGCGUGGUCACGGCCUUGAAGCUCAUCCAGGAAGUGGAGCAGCAGAUUGAGCAGAUGAAACGGAAGGGGGAGGAGCUUCAGGACCGCGCGUGUGAGACGCUGGAUGGUCUGAGGGACGUUGGCGAGCAGCUGGAUGGUCGCGUGGCAUCGCUGGAGGUGGAAAAGGUGGACCAGGCUCAGCUGGCGCUGGUCAGAGAGCUCAUCGCCGACACGGACCGCCGAGACGUCUGCAGACAUCUGGACGAGCGUCUGAGGAGCCAGCAGGACGCCAUCCGCUCUCUGACCGACCACCGCCUCCAGCUGGAUGACCUGCGAGGAGCCUUGGACCACAUGAUGCCGCCUUUGACCUCCGACCCCUCCUGCGGCGAGACGAGCGUGGGCGGGAAGUUGAGUCUUCUGUUCGAGCGGCAGCAACAGGACAUGCAGCACGUGCGCGGCCUGCAGGCGUCCAUCUCGCAGCUUGAGAGAGACUGUGAGGAUCUGCGGGAAGCUGUGGGGCGUCUCCAUGACGACAACAAACACAAACACCUUCACGUCCAGCAACUGCUGAGGAGCCAAGACCAGCUGCGGGACACCAAGGCCGACAAACGGUCGCUUCACGCCCAAGUCUGUCGGCUGGACAAGCUGAUCCACGAUCAGUGGAAUGACAUCCAGGACGGAAUGUUGCUUCCGGAACGUUCCCAGCGCCGCCACGCUGCUGCCGUUAGGAAGUAUGGCAGUCACUCCCGUCACCAUCACGCUUCAAUCCCGUCACCCGCAACGUGUGUGUGUGUACGUGUGUGUGUGUGUGUGUACGUGUGUGUGUGUACGUGUGUACACGUGUGUGUGUGUGUGUGUGUACGUGUGUGUGUGUGUGUGUGUGUGUGUAGACAGCUGCUGUGUCUCUCCUGUGACCCGCCCAUCACACACCUUCACACACCUACAAGCCUAGGGGUGUCACCCAGCGGGACCGGGACGGACUUCACAGACUUUAGGUACCCCAGGGUGUCCCGCAGCUGCGGGGGGGGUCACACAGUGACCUCUGGCUCCCAACGACGCUUCAGUGUGUGGAGACAUCACGGCCACACAGCAGGGGGCGCCACAGUGCAGCAGUCUGAAGCGACAAAGACGACGGCAGCACACGAGGUGCUCAGCAAAGGUGACCACUUCCACCCAAACAGGAAAUUAAUAACUUCCAGGCCCACGUCUGCUCGGACCCUCACACCUCAGAACUCCUUGGAUGGGACCUUUGGCGCCAGAGAGGAUGUAGCCCCGCCUCCUAGUGGCUGCUCCCCCACUUCCUGGGGAAGAUGAAGAUGAUUAUGCUGUGAUGGCUUAGAUGUUUCUGCUAUUAAACAUUUUACAUCCUUUGGGCGAUGGCCUCCAGACGUUGGGCAGCAUCUCUGCCGUGUUUACAUUGACCAUCUGUCUCGGGUGAAGGCGCUCAACACCAU